AUGAGAAUUGCCGACGAAGAAGUGGUGUACAGCAACGAAAUUUAUGUUAUUUGUGCAAUUCAAUAUCAAAUAUUGCUUAAAUUGGCACCCAUUUAUCCUAUAUAAAUAUGUAUAGCAGCAACCAGUUAGAGCACCAUCACUGCUACAAUACUCGACUCUUUUACAAGACAAGAAAUUAAGAGAGUGAGCUCAAAAAAAUGAAGUCUGCUUUGAUCACUAUUCUACUACUUAGCUAUCUCUCUGUCCUCUGUGUUGCAGACAAUUUUGAUUUCUUCUUCUUCGUUCAACAGUGGCCAGGCUCAUACUGCGAAGAACAUGGUUGUUGCAAACCAUCAACAGGAGUAACACCUUCGGAAAAAUUUACCAUUAUUGGGCUUUGGCCUAAGUUCAGCAAUGGCUCUACCCCUUCCAGCUGCAACCCCAGUAAUGCCUUUGAUCAAACCAAGAUAUCUGAUCUGAUAAGCUCUAUGGAAGAAGAAUGGACGAGUCUUUCAUGUCCGAGCAACGAUGGGACAGAGCUUUGGGGAAUACAGUGGAGCAAACAUGGAACUUGCUCUGAGUCUGUUCUUGACCAACAUGCCUACUUCCAAGCUAAUCUUAACCUCAAAAACAGUGUAGAUCUUCUUCAAGCUCUUAAAACUGCAGGUAUAGUGGCAGAUGGAAGCUUUUACGAAGUGGAGAAGAUCAAAGAAGCAAUAAAGAGUGCCGUUGGGUACACACCAGGAUUGUCUUGCCAUAACAACUCAGCAGGUGAAUCAAUGCUUUACCAGGUCUACUUGUGUGUGGACUCUUCUGGCUCAAACUUCAUCGAAUGUCCAGUUUUCCCUAAAGGAAAAGCCUGUGUUUCUCAGGCUCUCUUCCCCACUUUUGAAGACAUCACCACCACACUUUCUCAUGUUUAUUCCCAGUGAACCAAAUCAGUUCACUACUUAAAAUAUGGGUUGGUCUCUAGCUACUUCCCUACUUUUGUACCGGAAAUAACUGAUGAUGUUGUUAUAAAUUUGGAUCUUUGAAUGUUGUGUAAUACAUGAAACGAUUCAAAUUAUAUAUGAAAGACCACUUGUUCUG